AUGUACCUGCCUCACCUUGGGCCACCGCUGGAUUUCAGGGCUGCGAUGUACCUGCCUCACUUAGGGCCUUUGCUGGGCUUCAGGCCUCCGAUGUACCUGCCUCACUUUGGGACACCGCUGGGCUUCAGGACUGCAAUGUACCUGCCUCACUUUGGGCUUUUGCUGGGCUUCAUGGCUCCAAAGUACCUGCCUCCCUUCAGGCCACCGCUGGGCUUCAGGCCUCCAACGUACCUGCCUCACUUUGGGCCACCACCAAGCUUCAGGUCUGCGACAUACCUGCCUCACUUUAGGCCUUUGCUGGGCUUCAGGGCUCCAAUGUACCUUCCUCACUUUGGGCCACCACCGGACUUCAGGCCUCCGACGUACCUGUCUCAAUUCGGGCCACCACCAGGCUUCAUACCUCCGACAUACCUGCCUCACUUCUACCCUUCGCCGGGCUUCAGGCCUCCAAUGUACCUGCCUCCCUUCGGGUCACCGCUGGGCUUCAGGACUUGGAUGUACCUGCCUGCCUUUAGGCCACCACGGGGCUUCAGGCCUCCAGAGUACUUGUGGGAAACCUCAUCUGGUCCGAGGGAUCGGAAUGUGAGCUUAGCCUUGAACAGAUACACGUGUAUCCAUCAAGAGUCUGGGAAGUCCUGA